GACUGCCUUGGCCAAGAGAGCACGGAGUGUGUUUUUUUUUUUUUUUUUUUUCUUUUUCCUAAGAGAUGUGAGAAAUUUAGUUAAUUUUUUAAGGCAAUUCCUUUUCACUGUGAUGAUUUGACCAAACUGAUCACUGGCCACCUUAACCGUUCGUAUACGUUAGGCAUAUUCCUACUGGCCGAUAACUCCUUCCAAUUCCCCCCCCCCCCCUGUCUUUUUUUUUUUUUUUUCUUUUCUCACCUCAUUCUCCCAAUCAGCAAAUAAAAAAGAAGAACCAUGUCUGAAGUUAAUGUGACGAAAGUAAUAGUGAACAAUCCCAUAUGUGACAUUUUAGAUCCAUUCGUUUUUACCAUUGAGUUUGAAGCGUUGAAUAAGUUAGAGGCGGAUUUGGAGUGGAAAAUUUUUUAUAUUUCUGCUGUGAACAACGAUGGGGAGGGGAACCAGGACAUUGAGCUAGAUAAUAUUUUUUUGGGACCCAUCGAGCGAGGCGUGAUGAUGUUUGACUACGCGGUGAAUCCGCCCGACUACAAGAACAUGGACGUUGAUAGCGUACUGGGCCUGCAAGCCAUCCUCAUAUCAGCCAACUAUAAAGACAAGGAGUUUAUUCGGAUAGCCUAUUACAUGAAUUCUUUUUACAAAGACAUGGAACUGAGGGAGAAGCCACCUGUCAUACCCCAGUACGAUAAAAUAUGUCGACAUAUCUUUGUAGAAAACCCAAGAAUUGUAAAAUUUUGCAUAACUUGGGAUGCAGAGGAGAAGGAUGAUUUUAAAGAGUUCGAUAAGGAGAAUGCACAGAUCCAGUUAAUUAACUGUGCCAAAAUAAAUGCAGAUGAUAAUAGUAACUCUAAUAUAACAAAUGACUCUACGCAGGAAAAUAUUUUCGUUUUUAGUGACAUCCCUGCGAAUGUUGGCACGAAUGGUAAAAUGAGCACGCAUGUCGCGGCGCACGAGAACGCUAAUACGUAUGCCAGCGCAGACUUGAACGAACGAGGGGCCCUCAGUAGUAACGCGGCAUCGACUGAUUUGGAUAAAUGCGAACUUUUUAAUGCCAACAUAAAUGGGAUCAGCAGAAUAACCAUUGACAAUAAUAACGCCUGA